AUGUCUCACACUGAGACUAUUUUAAGGCCUCAGCCCCGUCUUGACAUAAAAUGGCUUAAAACGAACCUGGAAAAUUUAUUUUUCUCACAAGAUAAUCUAGUAAAUUGUUGGAAUGGCUUGAUCAACGACGGAGAACUCACGGGGCCCUUUUCUGUCGGUAGGCUCAACAGCGCUGGAGUUACAGCCAAACAGGGAGAAUACGGAAAAUACUAUUGCGGACAAAGGGUGUUGACGUGCACUUGCUGCGAUGGAAUUUGCGGUCCUCACAGCGGCUGCAAUUGCCAGCCUUGUCAAAAACUCGAUGCAGAGGAAUCCGCUCAAGUCGUCGCUACCAAUGAAAAACUACCAUCAAUUGAAUCUCUCUUGUACAGGUGGGAUUGGGGUCCUCAACCGACAUUGGAGCAGCUUUCCGAAAGUUUGUAUAGUUUGAACCAACAGCAGGAAUCGUUAUGUGCCGAGGCAGCAGAUUCUUCACUCUCAUCCAUAAGACUACAUUAUCGAUUGUUAAUCUUCAAACGAUACUUCAUUGCUUUAAACAGGGCGCCUCAUCCGGUGGAAAUAGAACCGGGAAUAUACAUCAGGAAAACUAGCAUAGAACGUCACGAUGGCAAGGCUGUGGCGAAAGUUAAAAACAAAAUUGCCAGCAUAGAUCCGGCUACCAGCCUGGCUCGAGUGGGUUCUAAAGCGGCGUUGAAUUUUUCUUUCGCUUUCUUGAAAAGGGCUUGGAGAUUGGGAGAAGACACGGAUUUGUGCAAUGAACUUUUAACUGAAUCUUUAGACGCUCUUAGACUUUUGCCUGUCGCUACGCUUUUCGAACAGUCCAAUGUAUCUCCGAUUUGGUUAGAAGUUGUAGAAAGAUCCAUUAAAUUUUUAAAACAAGUAGUUACAGGGGACUUAUCUAGCGACCGACAACAUUGCAUCAUUCCCGUUGAAGAUCAAAAUAUUUCCUUGAAUUUACUGCUCGAAUUUGCCUUGCAAAAAGCGACUUUAAGCAGUAUUUUGGACGUAGUAUUAUUACUUUUAACUUUGUGGAAUAAAAAGACUCAAGUAACCGAUAAUAGAUCUGUUGAGGAAGAAACCAGUGCCCCUCUCUUGCCGUUUAUUCGAAGACUAUCUGAUAUUGAGCCUUCUCAGACUAUAUUCAUUAACAAAGACGAAGCAGUACAAGUCGAAAACAGUCCCAAAAUCUACCUGGAUUUAUUCGAAUUACCUGAUGACGAUGAUUGCGAUAUAGACUUGAAACAAGCCGCGGUGUUUAUCAUGGCCCAUUUAGAUAGAUUGGCUUCUCCACACAUUCCUCCAUCAUCAUUUAAUAAGUCUUGCUAUUUUAACGGACAAAGAGCUUGGGGUUGGGGUUGGCUGUCGUGGACUGUGGGCUCGGGGCCACAAACGUGCGAGGCCAUUGCAGAUUUGAACAUAAAGCAAUUGUGUUGCUCCGACAGAGGUCUUUUGAUUCUAUCGUUUUCUGGAAAAGUUUAUUUCAUGUAUUACUCGUCCGAAACCCAAUGUCCACAGGUUAUUGAAGGUUUGAAAGAAAUAGAAGUGAUUAAAAUCGCUUGUCACACGGAAGGUAAACAUUUUAUGGCGCUUACGAGGAAGUCUGAAGUAUAUUCCUGGGGUAAUGGUGAUGGUGGGAGAUUAGGACACGGAGACACCAAUUUUAAAGAAGAACCAACUUUGAUUCAAACAUUACUAGAAAAAGAUAUAGUUGACAUUGAAUGCGGUGCUACCUACAGCGCUGCUAUUUCCGCCAAUGGGUCUCUUUACACAUGGGGCAAGGGGUACUAUGGACGUUUGGGUCAUGGUACUUGCGAAGACUGCUUGGUACCAACUCUAGUUGGCGGUUUAUCCGGGCAACAUGUCGUUAAAGUUUCCUGCGGAUCCGGAGAUGCUCACACACUAUGCGUUACAAGUCAAGGUAAAGUGUACAGUUGGGGAGACGGUGAUUACGGCAAAUUAGGAAGAGGAGGAUCGGAAGGGUCCAAGAUUCCCAGAUUAAUCGAAAAAUUACAAGAUAUCGUAAUAACCGAUGUAUAUUGCGGGGCACAUUUCAGCGUCGCUUUAUCGCAGGAUGGAAAAUUGUUCACUUGGGGAAAGGGUGAAGGCUGGCGAUUGGGUCAUCCCAACGAAGAGCACAUCCGUAUCCCGGAACCCGUCGAGGUACUUCAAGAUAAAAAUAUCGUAUCGGUAUCGUUGGGCGCCGCUCAUAUACUGGCUUUGACCGACAACGGGGAGGUUUACGGUUGGGGUAAAAACGAAAACAAGCAGCUAUUCGACAUUCCCGACAUAUACAUUCAACAGCCGAGGCUUGUCGAGUCCGUAAAAGGACAAAAAAUCAUCGGCAUCUCGUGCGGCCCGACGCAAAGUUUCUGUUGGACCAGCGUUAAUUCUUUUGUACCUAAAACGUCGCUUCCUUUCGUUAUAGAUCUCUCCGAACAAACGUUCAAAUUGCUUUAUCACAUAUUGGAAUUGAUCGUUUUACACAAUCCAUCCACUCAAGACAAGGAAUGCUUAGCCAUCUCGACGUUGAAGUUGUUGCAGCUACAAUUACACAGUAUAAUAACCAACAAUUUAGAUACGAAAUCGAUCGGUUUGGGUUCCGACAGCAAACUUUUGGCGAACCUCAAGUCGCAAGUGGUCUAUUUAGCCAGCGCGGUCAAGAUAUUACCGACGGUACAACUCGCUGCCCAGGCCACUUUGCAAACCGGUUGGUCCGUGUUGUUGCCCACGGCCAACGGAAGAGCGAGGACGUUGUCUUCUCUACUUUUGCACACAGCAGAUACGGACACGAAGAUGUGCAAAUCGGGCCACAGGUUCAUGACUGACUUAUUGGUGUGGAGCCUAAUGGCCGACGGAGGUCUGGAAUCCGCCCUAAACGAGGCCUUGGGAGCGGACGUUUCCGAGCUAUCGAACCUCGACGAAAAUUUCGAACAAACCACCUCAACAAUAACCAUUCCUCUGUUGUAUCUAAUUAGACAAUUAGUGAGAAAUUUAAGCGUAGCGACGCAAACAUCGAUCAAAGAAAUCGGAACCAGCAAAGUCGCGGCUCAAAAAUCGCCGCCGUCGCCGAGCUUGAAGCUCCUGCAAAGAUUCCAAAGACUGUUGAUCGGAAAAAUCUAUUCCAAACUUCCAGAUUGCCAAGAUUCGGCCGAAACCUUGCUAACGAAAUAUUUAGAUUGCUUCACAUGUUUCGCUACAAUGACGUUGAACGCAGCCUACGAAAUCAGCGUAUCGAACCACAAAGCUUUCCUGCACGCGUUGCAAAUACUCAAAGAAGACAUCACGGGAGUCCUUCUGCCGGAACUGAUAGUGAGCUUAAUCAUGCUCGAAAGGGAAGCCGGCAUGUUCCUGAGCUCGAUGAAUUGGCUGGGCGUGUUCAAUGAUGUGUUGAAAUCGAUCGAUAAGCUGUGCAGAUUGAUGCCCGAAAUCGAUCUGCACGAUGCGGACGACAUCGCUUGGCCGGGCAUCACCCAGACGAAAUCGAACGCGUUCAAUUACAAAUCCUACGAGGACCUGCCGUUGAUCAGGCAAUCCGAUUUGGAGAAUCACAAUUUGGACGGGGGCAGGUGGGUGGUGGUUAACAACAAAGUGUACGAUGUGCAGGAUUUUCGAUGCGACAAUCCUUCGGUGACGGAGAUGUUGCAGAAAUACACGGGGAAAGAAGUGGGUCAUAUAAUAAACAAUUCGCCUCAGAGUGGCCAGCUGAUGAGUUUGAUGGAAAAUUACCUUGUUGGUACUUAUUGUCAGCCGGAGACGGAGGUGCGCCGGAAGAAUUUUUGCUAUUUUAACGUAUGCUUGAUGUUAUUGGAUGCCGAAAGGAAUUUAGGGUACCUUCUCGGUUUGCACGCCUUCAAUUUAAGGCAAAGUUUAUCUCUAGCACCCGAAGAAGUUUCGUCGUCGCAAUGGUUAAAAUCUCCGUUUUUAAGCGGCGGUUUACAGGUUGACCAACCGCCAAAUCCGUACGAAGAUGAGAAAGGAGACUCGCGCAGCACAAAUUCCACAGCCGAAAAUACUCCUACAGAGCCCAGAGUUAACAUGGUGCAAAAGACAUUGAAACAUUUCCAACAGCCCACAGAAAGGAUUAAAACUUUUAUCAACGCUUUGGCAGAAAGUAGAUUAUCUGAUCCUUAUGUUAUAUCAUUUUUGGCUAUAGUAGAGCAGCAUUCUAAAGCGAAUAAUUUUUUAACUAGAGUGGACUUUUCUUUUGAACAUCCGAUAGAAGAAAUCGGUAGGGUACUGUAUGCCGUUUUAAUCAAACAUUUAGGACUCGGUUACGUUUUGUUGCCGAUCAUAGAAGCAUAUGCGACACAACCGUCGAUAAAAAUACCGAAAUCUGUAGCCGAAGUGAUCAAAUGCGUCCACCAAACCAAAUGGAAUUUAAUCAAAACCAGACAAGAAGUGAACAAAGGCUACAAGGAAAUAUGCAUACCGCUUUUAGAGAAAUGCCGGUUCCUGCUCUACGAAGUCAAACCGGCCAUCAGCUUGGAAAUGGAGGCCUUCAAAAAAGUGAACGUCCUCUACAAGGAACCGCGCGUUCGCACGCUGGUAAAGAAAGUCAUAAAAGACCUGAAAUGCGGCCGGCACACAUCGGAAAUCCAAAAACCCGAGGACAUCGUCAACGCGACGAUCCAAUCUCAGAGCAUCGAGCGGCACAAGUCCUCGGAGGACGUCAGCAAAAUGAGAAAGGCCAGCUCGGACGGGAAAAUAUCGGAAUCGAAAAGCGAAACCGACGACGUCAACAACGAGAUAAAAAACAGCGCGCAGAAAGACGCCUGUCUGAAGGUGGCCGCGACCGGCGAAACGUUCGCCUCGAACGCCCCGAAACCCGUCAAAAAUUGCGUCGAUUUGACCUUGGAGGAAAAAUGGAACGUGGAGAAAAGCGAGAACGCGACGUUGACCAGAGACGAACCGCUGCAGCAGGAGAAAGAAAAGAAAAUGGAGAAUCAAUUGAUGCUGACGGGCAUCGUGGCGAAAUUGCACGAGAAGCAAAUGAGAAAAGUCAGCAACGAAAAUUUGGACAUGGUUCAUUCGAUUUUGGAGUUUGUUCUGCGCUCUUCGGGCGACAUUGAGCUACUGAGAAAAGUCAUGUACAAUCAGGUGAGACGUUGCAAAACGCGCAAAGACGGUUUACAAAUGAUCAGCCACCUUUUGAACGAAUCCACUCUGCUAAAUUCGGUCAAAUACUCGAUAAUAAACGGCUACCUGGGCUUGAAUAAAAAAGAAAAGACAUGUCAUUGCCUCGAUAACAUAGAUCUUGUAACUCCCUUUUUGAAGACGGAAAUUCUAUUAUCCCAAUUGGCCGUUACCGAAUGGUGCAUAGAAACACUGAGAGCUUACAUCCUCAAAGACAUCCCCAGCAGAAACAGCAAAUCGAAGGGCACCAACGCUAAGAUUAACCUCAAUUUAGGAACCUACACGUUACUCAGAGACCUCCCGAGAGCUAGAAUGCUAUUAGCCAUUUUAGGUGUACUAUCCUCAAAUAGGUACAACGCAUUAGAAUUGAGUCCUAUCGUUAACAGCGGAGCGAUAAGUUCAGUAUUGGGAUUAUUGAAGCAAUGCGGAUGCGAUCAAGGCAUUGUGAGAAAAGUUUCCGAAUUUUACGUGCUGUACGCCGAUUUGAUCGACAGCAACAAGCCGAAGACCAGCUGUUUAUCGGGCCAGGAACUAGCGAAUUUGAUGAAAUUGGGCACGAAAGUGGUGAGAGGAGCCGAUUGGAAAUGGGGCGAUCAGGAUGGGAAUCCACCGGGAGAAGGCAGGGUAAUAGGGGAGCUCGGAGAUGACGGAUGGGUGAGAGUGGAAUGGAGCAACGGUACUACCAACAGCUACAGAAUGGGAAUUGAAGGGAAAUACGAUCUCACUCUAGCAUCGCCUCCUUCCCCUGUGUCUUCCGAAUCCGAAACCGAAGAGUCCAGUGAUCACGGUACUCAACUCGUCAAAGACAAUCAACUGAUCAAAUUGCUGCGCGAUGCCAGCAUAAAUUUCUUGAGAAACAUAGCCAUCAGCACCGGUCUGACGAAAGACAACUUACAUCCAGCGACAUUGCACGGUUUGAGCAGCCUGUUUUGCAACUCGUUGAAUUCGUCGAGUUCGGAAUGGGCGGAUUUGACUCUGGUGAGAAGCAUUUGCCAGUCUCAGCAAUUGUGCAAGGCCUUCAGCACGAAACCUUGGAUAAGGAUGCUGUUGGGUUUCCUGUCGCCGCCCGCCAACGCUUUGGAAAACGAAUCGAUCCUGCUCAAGCAGAUAUUCACGAUCCGAUUGCUGCACGUAGUCCUACGUUUUUGGGACCUGGACAAUUCCGAAAUUCCACCGUUGCUCGAGAAGCUGCUGAACAUCCUCGGCAGGAUCAUAUUGACUUGCUCGUACGACGCCUACAACAAACCGGUGUCCUUGGUCAAAUCCUCGGUGCUGUUGACCCAGUCUCGAAGCGGCACCGUCGCCCAAGAGAUCGUCAACUUGCUGCGCACGCUCCACGGCCUGGUCGGUUGGAAUCAGAUACUCAACGCCAUGUUGAUACAAAAAUUGAAUUUGGCCGCGUACUUGCUGAGCGACGCCUGCUUUCCCGCCGUCGCGUCGGACGCGUCGUCCUGCGAUCAGCAACACUACAUGGUGGUCGCCUGUCUCAGCGUCAUCGGCGCUUGGGACUCGCGGCCCCGAAUCGGCGCUUUGGCCGAAGUCGACGGCUCGGCCGGCACCAUCGUGAGGAUCACGCCGAAGGGGAAGCUGUGGAUCCAAGUCCACGAUCACGGUGACGUCAAGAAGGUUCCUAUCAGUAACUUGAAGCUGGUGGGAGAUGUGGAAUUCAACUUCGAUCGGAUGAUUCUCGGCGAGAAUUUCGUCAAAACUUGGGCUAGCUUGUUGAUGUUCAGACAGACGCUUAACAAUCACGAGAGGAAGACGCAACACGGUCAAAUAAACUUGUCGUAUUUGAGGACGCAACAAAACAUUCUAUGCGCAUUGAACGCGACGAGAGUACUACUAAGUAAUCAAUACAAACUCCGGAAAGUAUUGAAAUACCCCGUCAACGGUAUGGAUCAAUCGCAAGAGCAACAAUCGAUCGAAGAGGAGCUGAACCAACAGCCCGUUUUGCUGGUGCAAAAGUUGCUCUCGAAGGCCAUACAGCCGAGUUCGCUGAAGCCCGGCUUCACCAUACAAGAAAUGCAACUGGCCGCUUUGAAUUUGAGCCAGUUCCUGGCGAGCGAGGGUUGCUUCGAAACGCCGAGCAACAUCAACAACGACCGAACCACCCCGAAGAACGGCACGCGUUGCAACAGCGAAUUGGCGACACCGAACAGCGAAUGCUCCGUCAACAGCGUAGUCAGCGAACGCACGAACAAACGCAGGGAGUUGGAAGACGACGCGCCGCUAUCACCUCUGGUAUCUCAAAUAGUCGAGAUGGGUUUCACGAAGCGAGCCGUCGAAGCGGCCGUGAAAUCCCUAUCGGUCGGAGCCGAUAGUUACCUCACGCCCGAAUCGAUUGUCGGUUGGCUACUGGAGCACCCCGAAGUCGCGGCCGAAGACAGCGACUCGUCGAGCUCGGUGUACGACUCCGACACCGAGUCCGUGUCGUACGACAACGCUACCGGCGCGCAAUCGCUCAAUCCCUACAGCGACGAGAAGCACCAGACGUACGCCAGGCGAUCGCAGUUCCUCUCGAACGACGAGUACGCGAUGUACGUGCGCGACAACGCCGAGGUCGGCAUGCUGGUGAGAUGCUGCAAGGGCUACGAGGAGGUGCAGCUCGGCGACAUCGGUAAGAUCGUGAAGAUCGACAGGGAGGGCCUGCACGAUUUGAACCUGCAGGUGAAUUGGCAGCACAAGAGCACCUAUUGGGUGCGUUUCAUCCACAUCGAAUUGUUGGGUUUUCCGCCGUCGUCGCCGUCGCCGUCUUCGAUCAAAAUCGGCGAUAAGGUGCGCGUGAAAUCGAACGUCACGACGCCGAGGUAUAAAUGGGGUUACGUUACACACGAUAGCGUGGGAGUGGUGACGGCCGUGUCGCCGAACGGGCACGAUUUGACCGUGGAUUUUCCGAAGCAACAGAACUGGACGGGGCUGUUGGCCGAAAUGGAAAUAGUGCCGUCGUGCCACGACGGCGUCAGUUGCAACGGUUGUUGCGUCAUGCCCAUAAGAGGGGCCAGGUUCAAGUGUAAAACUUGCGAAAGCUUCGAUCUCUGCGAUAAUUGCUUCUAUACGAAGAAGAACCACAGGCAUUCGUUCUCACGAAUCGACGAACCGGGUACUCCCGAAGUUUACGCUGGUAGAGCCGGCAGAUAUUACAGACACGAUACGAUUGAUUUGGACGGUGAACUCGUCACCGAAUGGGACAGGAUCGUCAAGAACGUGACGGUGUCUUCGAAAUGCGCGGUGAGAUUCGAAGUACCCGGUACGGUGUGGCAGAGUUGCGGAUCCCAAGGGAAACAUUGGAUAAGACUGGACAUAUUCCCCGACGUUACUAUAAAAUCUCUAAAAAUCGGCGUCGAUCCCAACGAUAACAGCUACAUGCCGUCGGUUAUCGCCGUCAACGGCGGUUAUUCCAUCAAUUUCAUGACGGAAUUGAACGUUAUUAACGUGAAAAACAACGAUACGUCCGUUUUGUUGCUAUCGAAUGUGGAAAAACAUUAUCCUUUGAUCGAAAUUAACGUAAUAAAAUGCAGAAACAACGGAAUAGAUUGCAAAAUUCACGGCAUUACGAUAGUCGGUGUUAAAAAACAAUCUUACGGCGAAUUGAAAACUUCAGUUUCAUUCUUAGCCAAUGAUUGGGAUUUAAGCCAAGAAUCUACGCCCGGCCCGUCAUUGCCUACAGUCACCCAAGAAUCCAACAGCGAAAUGUCCCAAAACGUGAACGGCUGCAAAGUGUACGUGUGGGGCCUAAACGACAAAGACCAACUAGGCGGCAUGAAGGGCUCCAAAGUGAAGCUACCCGUUUUAUCCGAUUACUUGAGCCACCUGAAGCCGAUCCACGUGGCGGGCGGAUCGAAAUCCUUGUUCAUCGUAUCCCAAGAGGGCAAACUGUACGCCUGCGGCGAAGGCACCAACGGCCGCCUGGGCUUGGGCCACAACAACAACGUCGCGACGCCGCGACCCAUACCGUUCCUCAGCCAAUACGUCGUCAAAAAGGUGGCCGUCCACUCGGGCGGCAAGCACGCCAUGGCGCUCACGCUCGACGGCAAGGUGUUCUCGUGGGGCGAGGGCGAAGACGGCAAGCUGGGCCACGGCAAUCGCCUGAAUCUCGACAAGCCGCGCAUGAUCGAGGCGCUGAAGAGCAAGAAGACCCGCGACAUCGCCUGCGGCAGCUCGCAUUCGGCCGCCAUCACCAGCAGCGGCGAGCUGUACACGUGGGGCCUGGGCGAGUACGGCCGCUUGGGGCACGGCGACAACGCCACCCAAUUGAAACCGAAGCUGGUUAAAGGUUUGGUCGGACACAGGAUCGUACAAGUGGCGUGCGGUAGUAGGGACGCGCAAACUUUAGCUCUCACCGACGAAGGAUUGGUGUUCUCUUGGGGAGACGGCGAUUUCGGGAAGCUGGGCAGAGGCGGUUCCGAAGGGUGCAACGUUCCCCACAACAUCGAGAGAUUAAACGCGCUCGCCGUCGUUCAAAUCGAAUGCGGCGCUCAAUUCUCUCUAGCCCUAACCAAGUCCGGCGAUAUUUGGACGUGGGGCAAGGGCGAUUAUUUCCGCUUGGGCCACGGCACCGAUCAACACGUCAGAAAACCGACGGUGAUAGACACGCUGAAGGAUAAGAGGGUGAUACACGUCGCCGUGGGAGCCUUGCACUGCUUGGCCGUGACGGAGAACGGCCAGGUGUACGCUUGGGGCGACAACGAUCACGGCCAGCAGGGCAACGGCACGACGGUGGUGAACAGAAAGCCGGCGCUCGUGCACGGCUUGGAGGACGUCCACGUCAACCGGGUGGCGUGCGGUAGUUCGCAUUCGAUCGCUUGGACCUUGCAAGAUUCGCAGACCGUCUCGAAGGUCGAACCGGUGAUUUUCCCGGUCGCCAAGGACCCCUUGGGCUCGACCAUUUUGGGCUUGUACAACGGCGAGAAGCCCCAGGUGCGGUUCAAGGACAAGAACGCGCCGACGCUGAGCGGCAUCGUGAUGUCGUUGGAGAGCAACACCGCCAAACAGCAGGCUUUGCAUCACAUAUUGAACGCGAUGCACAUACAACAGCUCAGGCAGUGCAUCGUCAGGGCGUUGUGCAGCCACACUAACAUCAAAAAUAACUCGAAACAAACGAAUGCUUCGGAUACGCCUUUAGAACGGUCUGUUGUUAACGCUAAUUCGCUGAACAAAGACGGGGAAAUUGUGUUUGGUGGAGGCGAAGCUCCGGUUUCUAUUACGGAAAUUACGUCCGUCACGAGCCCCAAUCCAACGUCGCCGGAAACCGAAGAAAAUCCAACAGCCGCUUUGCUACAAUCGAUGACUGCUAGCAGUUGCUCGGCUAGUAUGUCAUCUAAGCAUUCCAGAAUGUCCACGAGCGCCAUGUCGGUGAUAGCAGCUACUCUAACAUCGCACGCGGAAGUAAUAGGCGAUAACGAAUACAACGGUUUAGACGAGUUCACAUCGUUGUUGACGGAAAACGACGCUAGGUUACUAGUGGACCUUCUGAAAUUAGCCGUAGCGGAUAGAAUCGAAGACGAACAAGCUAAAGAUAUAUUAUCUUCAGUGUUAAUAACAAUGGGCGGCGUGAAUCGUUCCAUAGGCGCGAUGCUGUUGGAAUUGUGCGUGACUGAAUUGGAGGAUACCACGAACAGUUCGCAAAAUCUUUCCAGUACUCCUCAUCCCGUGGUACAAGAAUCGAGCCAUCCUUAUGUAGACGACGUUACAUUGAGAGGUCACGUUAGACUGCCGGGAGCCGAUGCUUUAAGAGUGGAAUUCGACAGAAGAUGCUCGACGGAAAGGCGCCACGAUCCGCUUCAAAUAAUGGACGGAACGGGAAGGGUCGUUGCUACCAUGUCCGGUAGAGAAUGGAGCGAUUGGUCUUCGGAACUACGCAUUGCCGGCGACGAACUUCGAUGGACCUUCACCACGGACAGUUCGGUCAACGGCUGGGGAUGGAGGUUCACCGUUUACCCGGUAAUGUACAGUCACGGUUCGAGCGAGUUGGGCUCGGAUAGAGCCGUAUUGAGCCAGCCCUCAAUGGACAUGGUCAUGUGUUUGAUGGACCCGAAAUUGUACCCAUCCGCCGAUGCCGCUUUAAUGUCUCGACUCGCCGCCGCUCUGGCCGCUUGUUCUCAAUUAAGUUUCCUAUCGGCCGCACAAAGGAUGUGGUCCUUGCAGAGGCUGCACCGGCUGCUCGUGGGCGAAGACGAACGCGGCGAGAUCGUCCCCUUUCAUCUCCAAGAACUCAAAGCUCCCGAUAGCGCUUUGGGCGCCCUCUUGGAAGAGCUACCUCAGGCUUUGCUGCGGCAAUACGAAUACGAGGACGGUUCCGUUCGAGCCGGUUUGCAUUUGAUGCAUUCGGACUUCUUCAAAGUCUUAGUAUCGCUGGCUUGCGACUUGGAACUGGACAAAAUGUCGAAUAUAACGGACAAUCACAAAUGGUCGUGGUUCAGGCGGUACUGUCACGCGGCCAGAGUAUCGAAGGCGCUGAUCCAUCGAACGCCGUUGCCUCUGAGCUUCUGCUUGGAGGUGCGGAAGAAGCUGUCGGACUCCAACGGAGAGGCGUCUUCGGAGUAUUGGGAGCACGAGAGGCACGCCGAAUUCAAGAAAGAACAGGACGAGCAGCUGUUGCUGUGGCUGAACAGGCGGCCGGAGGAUUGGACGUUGAGCUGGGGCGGAUCCGGCACCAUUUACGGCUGGGGGCACAAUCACAGAGGGCAAUUGGGCGGCGUGGAGGGUUGCAAGGUCAAAACUCCGACCGCUUGCGAAGCUUUGUCGACUUUGAGACCUAUACAACUCGUCGGCGGUGAACAAACGCUGUUUGCGGUUACUGCCGAUGGAAAGAUUUACGCUACUGGUUACGGCGCUGGUGGAAGGUUGGGAAUAGGAGGGACAGAUUCAGUGUUAGUUCCGACUUUAUUGGAAUCGAUUCAACACGUUUAUAUUAAAAAAAUCGCUGUUAAUUCCGGCGGAAAACAUUGUUUGGCUUUAUCGGCCGACAACGAUGUUUAUUCAUGGGGCGAAGGCGACGAUGGGAAAUUAGGACACGGAAACAGAUUGUCCUGCGAAACGCCUAAAUUAAUCGAAGUAUUGCAAGGCUACGAAAUAGUAGACAUCGCUUGCGGAGGGGCACAUUCAGCCGCCAUCACAUCAUCCGGCCAUUUGUACACUUGGGGUAAAGGUAGAUACGGUAGGUUAGGACACGGAGAUAGCGAAGAUCAAGUUAAACCCAAAUUGGUGGACGCGUUGCUGGGUUAUAAGGUGAUUGACGUGGCUUGCGGUUCCGGCGACGCGCAAACGUUAUGCAUAACGGACGACGAUAACGUGUGGUCUUGGGGCGACGGGGAUUACGGGAAAUUGGGACGGGGCGGUUCGGACGGUUGCAAAGUGCCCACGAAAAUCGAGAGUUUGGCCGGUUUGGGCGUCGUGAAAGUCGAAUGCGGUUCGCAAUUUUCCGUCGCGCUGACUCGAUCCGGAAGCGUUUAUACUUGGGGAAAAGGAGAUUAUCACAGAUUAGGUCACGGCACGGGCGAUCACGUUAGAAGGCCGAAGAAAGUGGCUACGUUGCAGGGUAAGAAGAUCAUUUGUAUCGCCACCGGAUCGUUACAUUGCGUAGCGUGUUCCGACGAAGGUGAAGUGUACACUUGGGGCGAUAACGAUGAAGGCCAGUUGGGAGAUGGUACCACCAACGCCAUACACCGACCAAGACUUGUAACGCAUUUGCAGUCGAACGUGAAGAAGAUAACGAACGUCGCUUGCGGAUCUGCUCACACUUUGGCCUGGUCUACGAGUAACGCGAACAGCGCGUGCGCUCGCUUACCGUCGGUCGCCCCGCUCGAAUACGAUCUACUGCAAGACAUACCGCCGGUGGUGUUGCACUGUCGUUUGGUACUUUUGCAUCAUUUCGCCGAGCUGAUUUGCCCGUGCAUCACCAUGUUUCCGAUCACCGGACCGGAUUCCCUGCACGAAUUGCGCAACAUCCUGAUAUAUUCCAUCAAAGAGGCCACGUUCAGGAAAGUCGUGCAAGCCACGAUGGUCAGAGACAAACAUCACGGGCCCGUCAUCGAAUUGAACAGGAUCCAGGUGAAGCGAUCGCGAUCGCGAGGCGGUCUGGCCGGCGUCGACGGCAUGAAGUCGGUGUUCGGUCAGAUGGUCGCCAAACUUCCUCUGUUAUCGUCCGAAACGUUGGCUCUGCCGCAUCGCGUUUGGAAGGUGGAGUUCGUCGGCGAAAGCGUGGACGAUUGCGGAGGCGGUUACAGCGAGAGCAUAGCCGAGAUGUGCGAUGAACUCCAAAACGGCUCUCUACCUUUACUUCUGCCGACUCCGAAUGGCAGAGACGAUGCCGGAGCUAAUAGGGAUUGCUUCAUCUUGAACCCACAAGCUACGUCUUGUUUACAUUUGAAUAUGUUUAGGUUUCUGGGUGUGCUAAUGGGCAUAGCGAUUCGUACGGGUUCACCAUUAAGUCUAAACCUCGCCGAACCGGUGUGGAAACAACUGGCUGGUAUAGAAUUAACGCCGGCCGAUUUGACGGAAAUCGACAGAGAUUACGUACCGGGUUUGUUGUGUAUACGAGAAAUGGCGCCCGACGAGCCUUUGUUCGAAAAUUUAGAAAUGCCGUUCUCGACGCCUUCGUCUAGCGGUACAGACAUCCAUUUGAGUACGAGAUACAAAAGAAUUUCGUACGAAAAUCGAUUGGAAUACGUCCGAUUGGCUCUGAACUUCAGGUUGCACGAAUUUGACGAGCAAAUAAAAGCCGUAAAGGAUGGAAUGUCGAGAGUUGUGCCGGUACCGUUGUUGUCCCUUUUUAGCGGUUACGAAUUGGAAACGAUGGUUUGUGGUUCUCCGGAUAUACCUCUAACGUUACUGAAGUCUGUAGCUACGUAUAAAGGUAUCGACAGUAGUGCACCGUUAAUCCAAUGGUUUUGGGAGGUUAUGGAAGAGUUUACUAACCAGGAAAGGUCGUUGUUUUUGCGCUUCGUCUGGGGUCGAACGCGCUUACCGAGAACCAUAGCCGAUUUUAGAGGAAGAGAUUUCGUCAUACAAAUACUGGACAAGUAUACUCCGCCUGAUAACUUUUUGCCAGAGAGCUACACUUGUUUCUUUUUGCUUAAGAUGCCUAGAUAUUCCUGUAAGCACGUUUUACAUCAAAAAUUGAAGUACGCUAUCCAUUUCUGCAAGUCGAUCGACAAGGAUGAAUACGCCCGCGUCGCCAUGACGGGCGAUUUGGCGGUCAGUUCGAGUUCGGACGCAGAAAGCGAUCCAGAGAUGGACAGCAGCCACUAA